CCACACUCACUCUCCUCCUCACUGGAAACGACCCGCUUCAAGUCAGCGCUGAACUGCUCAGGCAGCGUGGUGCUGUGGAAGUAUGCCCUCAACGACCUGGACAUCCUCUGUCGCUUCGUAGGUGGACCAAACUCGGAGCUUUGGUUAAUCAGAAGAGAACAUCUUUUUUCCUGCUGCAUGUUUUGUCUCCUUCCAGCUUGAUGUAGAUAAUGGCUCUCUACUUGUUCGCAUGUGCUGACUGUAUUGCAUAACUGCUCUACUCCUCCGUCUUUACUGGAAAUGGCGAGGUGGUCGCCUCGACACUCAGUAAACUCAGCCGAAGCAGCCUAAGUUCUUUGAACGUGUGUAGUUUUCAGUCUUCUGCCUCGCACUCGACACCCACUUUCGAUCUCUUUACUUUUUCAUCCGGAAAUCCGAUUCGACACACCGUUCAGCUCCAGCCCGCCUGGAAUAUCCCAGUGUUGAUCUGCCUAUGGGGCCCAUCCUGCUUUUGCAUUAGAAGUGUUGCACCUGUACGAUGCCAGUGCUUCUGCAGUGAGCAGAGCCGCAUGGAGAUCCGCAGCUGAGACUCCUGACCCUCUCUCUUUUUCCUCCCCCCCCUCUGUCCUCCUUCCCCUUUUCCCUCUCCCCCCCACCUCUCACCCUCUGUUUGUUGAUGUGAGGGAUGAGCUCAGAGGAGAAGAGCUCCACCAUGUCCCAGAAGAUUUCCUCUCCAUCCCGCAGCAACAGCAGCUCCUCCUCCAAACAUGACAGCCGGCAGGACAGCUGGGAGAUUGUGGAGGGGCUGCGUGGGGGCCUAGGAAACGUUCAGGAGCCUGAUAAGCAGGAGGGCUUCAUGCUGAAGAGGAGAAAAUGGCCAAUGAAGGGCUGGCACAAGAGAUACUUCUUCUUGGACAGGGGGAUUCUGAAGUAUGCCAAGUGUUCAGCUGAUAUUGAGAAGGGCAAGCUGCAUGGCUGCAUUGACGUGGGCCUGUCUGUCAUGGCCAUUAAGAAGAAAGCCAAAUGCAUUGAUCUGGAUGCUGAGGAGAAUAUCUAUCACCUGAAGAUAAAGUCUCAGGAGCUGUUUGACGAAUGGGUCUCAAAGCUGCGUCACCACCGGCUGUACAGACAGAAUGAGAUUGCCAUGUACCCACCGGAGAAGCCGCUCUUCAGCCCCCACUUCCCCCCUACAUCCCCUGCCAGCUUCACCGAGACCCAGGCGGCCAGAAAGCGUGCCUCUCUUGCGAAGCAGUCCUCUCUCCACUCUCCUGUCCCCUUCACCAGUCAGGCCAAGGUGGCCGCCUGGCUCCAGUCCUCUGACGACAUAGACAGGUGUUCCAAAGAGUUGUCUGAGUGUGAGGCUCAGUUGUUGGAGCUGAAUCACUUGUUGAGGAGUAUGGAGGUUCUGCACCGCACCUACUCUGCUCCAGCCAUCAACGCCCUGUUGCAGGCUUCAUCAUAUGACAGCCCUAAAAAAGAGAAAAGACAUCCCCGAAAAUGGCGUUCCAAAAACUACAGCAAAGAUAACAAAACGACUCUGCAGGUUCCCAGCUGUAUCUCAUCAGGGUCCAUUCGCCUUCAUGCAUCCAAUCCCAACCUGUCCUCUGCUGAUCUGGCCAGUGAGCAAAGCUAUUCAGAACCCCUUGACCUGCCUACAGACGUGUCCAAACUGCAGGAAGACUUCUGCCGCAUCGCCAACAAUUUGCACGCUAGCAUGAAGACCGCCUUAAGCUCACUGACAGCAGAGAAGGAGAGACUGAGACAGAUGCUGGAGCAAGAGGCCUGUGCAGCUCCAUCCACACAGCUGCUGGGCCUGAAGAGUGCCCUGGCUGCUGCUUUAGCACAGAACUCUGAUCUGAGAGAGCGCCUUUGCAAGAUACACAUUGAGUCGCAUAUCUCAGAGCCCACUGUCCUUAAAAACUGCAGCACUGUGCCCCUGCAGAAGCAGGACUCUACAGACUGUGCCCGCCCCCUUGUCCACCAAGCGUCCAAUGAGAGCCGAACUUCCAUCACAGAGUCGCUGUCAGAGUUCUUUGACGCCCAGGAAGUCUUGUUGUCAGCAAGCUCUUCUGAGAACGAGCCUUCAGAAGACGACUCGUACAUCAGCGAUAUCAGUGACAACGUCUCCAUGGACAACUUCAGCAACGAAGCCCAAAAUGAGAGGCUCAACUCAGACUGUGUUGAGAAUGGCACCCCCCAGGGACAGCGGCGCACCUUCCUGCCCUCCCCCAGCCCCAACACCAGUAACAUCAGCCUGUGGAACAUCCUGAGGAACAAUAUAGGGAAGGACCUGUCCAAGGUGGCCAUGCCUGUACAGCUGAAUGAGCCACUCAACACCCUACAGAGGCUGUGUGAGGAGCUGGAAUACAGCGAGCUGCUGGACCGAGCCGCACAGACACAGGACAUGUUUGAACGCAUGGUGUACAUUGCGACAUUUGCGGUGUCAGGCUAUGCCUCCAGUUACUACAGAGCAGGAGGGAAACCCUUUAACCCUGUGCUGGGGGAGACAUACGAGUGCGAUCGGCCUGACAAAGGAUUCCGCUUCGUUGCAGAGCAGGUCAGCCAUCAUCCCCCUAUCUCUGCAUGUCAUGCUGAGUCUAAAAACUUCGUCUUCUGGCAAGAUGUCAGGUGGAAAAACAAGUUCUGGGGGAAGUCCAUGGAGAUUGUUCCUGUUGGCACCACUCAUGUGGUUCUCCCGGGCCUGGGAGACCACUAUGAGUGGAACAAAGUGACAUCGUGCAUUCACAACAUCCUGAGUGGGCAGCGCUGGAUUGAGCACUACGGUGAAAUCUCCAUUAAGAACUCCAGCAGUGAUAUCUGUCAGUGUAAAGUCACUUUCAUUAAGGCCAAAUACUGGAACUCCAGUGUGAACGAAGUGGAGGGAGCAGUAACUGACCACAAGGGGAAAGUCAUUCACAAGCUUUUUGGGAAGUGGCACGAGGGAAUAUACUGUGGCAACCCACCCUCCACUACAUGCAUCUGGAGAACCAAUCUAAUGCCUCCAGACUUUGAGCAGUACUAUGGCUUCACUAAGUUUGCUCUUGAGCUGAAUGAACUGGACCCGCAGACCAAACCACUACUGCCCCCCACAGACACCAGAUUUCGUCUCGAUCAGAGGUUACUGGAGGAGGGGAAUGUCGAGGCUGCAGAAGCACAGAAGCAGAGGAUUGAACAGCUACAGAGAGACAGACGCAGAGUCCUUGAAGAGAACAACAUAGCACAUCAGCCGCGGUUCUUCCAGAAAUCUAAAGAUGACACGUGGGUCAGCAACAGCACUUACUGGGACUUGCGGAAAGAUCCAGGAUUUGCUAAUCUGGACUGUCCAGUGUUGUGGUGAGCUAGAUCAGCACUCAUCAGCAGGCUUCUUCUGACCACUGCCUGCUCUUCUGUUCUCUGACCUACUUUCUGAAUGAAGAAAAACACAUCUCGCAGUGAGAGGUGAGGACUUACACUGGCAGAGAGACAACUUUGCCCAAGGCAAUCGCACAGAGGAGAAACUUCACUGGAAGUAGAAGACACUUCGCUACAUUUAAGCAUCCUUCCUUAUUUAAUAUUCCAUAUGCCUUAAUAUGCUUAUAAUAUUUUUUGUAGUGUCUUUAUGCAGACAUAUCCAUUGAAUGUCUAGAAAUUAUGCAAACACGACCCAGUUAAUCAUCUCUUAUCAUUGCUGUGUGCAACUAGUAGCACAAAAAUAUUGACCGAAAUAUUGUUGCAUAGUGUCCUCUUGUGGUGCAGAAUUGUACUGCAGACUGUAAAUGUUAAUGAGUUCAGCCCAAAAAAGAAAAGAACUUGUGCAUGCACAUAAAUUAUGUGUUGUGCUGUUGUCUGAUCAAAGUUACAUUGUCUACCUCUUGAAAGAGAUGGUAUGGAAAACUCUCAUGUAAUUUAAGAGGUACAUGUUAGAGUCUGAAUUCCACACCUGUCUAAUGCCUUAUGGUCACACAUAUUCAAUUUUAGUCUGUUUUUGUUAUUAACCUUUAAUAAUGUAUCACCAACAUGUUGUAUCACAGUCUUGGCAGCAUUUAGGGGUGUAUUUUAUGAGUCUCUGAGAGCCUUGUUUCAAACUCACAGAUGGACUGCCUACUCACCACACUGCACUUGUGAGUCUAGCUGAGUGUGCUCAGCUUUUCACACACAGUUUGACCUGUAAUCUGUGUCCGGUUCGCCCCGAAAAAGUGUCCGCACUUGCUGUGGAUGAAAGGGGUUGGAGGGGUGGGGGUCAUUGUGUGUUGACCGCUGAUGAGAUUCCUCUCUCCUUCAAUAAAUGAUCAUCUCCAUGACUA